AGGCUUUUCACCCGCCCACCGCUUGGUUCUGGUUGAGGGUGAGGAGGUGAAAGAGGAGAGACGAAACAGGGUGGAAGGCCCCGAACACUCGUCUUCUCCAGAUUUCAACGCUGCAUCUUCAAAUCCUGCAACAACUAUGCUGCGUCAGGCUGCAGGCCACAUGAGAGGCCUCCUGGCCAGGCGCGCCUCUGUGGCCGUGACCAGCAGCGCCGUCAGGAUGGCGAGCCAGGGUCAUGAGGUGUCAGAGACAGUGGACAUGUCCCGGCCCAUGUAUUAUGACCGCGCGGACGUCCCUCUGCCUGACAAACCCUACAAAGACCUGCUGACGGACGCUGACAAGAGCCUGAAGCAGAAGGAGAAAGGACCGUGGACCCAGCUGAGCAAAGAGGAGAAGAUUGCCUUGUACCGCCUGAUGUUCUGCCAGACCUACCCUGAGAUGAAGCAGAAGACUUCCGAGUGGAAGACCGUCCUGGGCGGCAUCUUCUUCUUCCUGGGCUUCACCGGCCUGGUGGUUUGGUGGCAGAGAAUCUACGUUUACCCUCCGCUUCCCAAGACGUUUGAGGGCGACUCUCAGGCCAUGCAGCUGAAGAGGAUGCUGGACAUGAGGGUCAAUCCCGUCCAGGGCUUCGCCGCCAAGUGGGAUUACGAGAAGGGCCAGUGGAAGUAAACCCACGGCGAGUCCUCGAGUCUCCAGGAAAAUCAAUUUCUGUUGAGAUUUCCCUCAAGGAUCCGGUCGUCCUCCCUGAGUCUGUCGGCUCCAACAGAACCAUGGAUCAAUAAAGUUUUAUCUGUCUGUGAAUCUCUAAUAAACAAACAUCAGUGAUAUGAAGCUGGUUCCCAAGGAAA